AUGGACCGCCUCUGGCGCUCCAUCCCCGCCAAGGGCCAGCGCGACCUCUGGAAGAGGAGCUGUAAGUUAGGUUUGUUCGACGUGCCAACUUUGGUACGCUUCAGUUAUGCUGUUGAGGAUAUGGAAGUUUGGUUGUUCAAUGUGCCUAACUUGUGGAAAUCCUACAGCAGAAAAGUGGAGCAGCUAUCUGAAGAGGUUGAUUCAUUGAAGGAAACCCUCGACAAGCACUCAUUGCGGCAACGAAAGCGGAUUUUGGAAGCCAAGGAAAGGGCGGAGCUAUUUGAGAGAGCUAAUGGUGAGUCGUCGCAUGUCCUUCAAAUAUUUGACGACGAAGCCCAGGCAAUGCAAUCGGCCCGCAGCUCUUCUCGAAUGCUUGACGAAGCCUUUGAGACAGGAGUGGCCAUCCUCCACAAGUACUCUGACCAGAGGGAUCGUCUGAAGAGCGCGCAAAGGAAGGCUCUAGAUGUCCUGAACACCGUUGGCCUGUCAAACUCGGUCUUGAAGCUUAUCGAAAAGCGGCACCGAGUCGACAAGCGGAUCGCGUACGGCGGCAUGAUCAUCACGGUCGUGCUGAUGGUUGCGUUUUGGCGAUGGACACACUAG